AUGGCCUAUGGAAAUCAACCAGAACUUGCCGGCCCUAGAAACAUGAAGAAAUUCCAGGAAAUUAGCAAGGGAAAAAGAAAAGAGGAUAGCUUGACUGCCUCUCAGAGAAAACAGAGGGACUCUGAGAUCAUGCAACAAACACAGAAAGCAGCUAGUGAGAAGUCUAUGCAGGCAAGAGAAAAAUGA